UUUUUUUCUCUCUCUCUCUCUACCCUUUUACACUUUAACUACAAAACUAAUAAUUCCUCCAAUAUAGUCAUUCAACAAAAUAACCCUAGGUUUAAUUUCUUUGUCAAAAAAAGUUUUAAUCUAUAAAAUAAAAAUAAUUAUAAAUAAAUAAAUAAUACAUAUUUAUAACAAAGGUGAAAAGGAAACAAAUAAAGGGGAAAGAAACCAGGACAGCUUUAUAUACGUCCAAGAAUUAGGGCUUUCAGGACAAACCCGAGAAUAUGCAAGAAGCAGCGUUAGGUAUGAUCGGAGCCACAGUAGGCGGAGGAGGAGACGGAGACGCAGCCGUGGUGGCGGAGCAGAAUAGACAGAUGAAAGGUGAGAUAGCGACACAUCCCAUGUACGAGCAGCUAUUGGCCGCACACGUGGCAUGUCUGAGAGUGGCGACUCCCAUCGAUCAGCUUCCGAUCAUUGAAGCUCAGCUUUCUCAAUCUCAUCAUCUUCUCCGAUCUUAUGCUUCGACAGCCGUUGGAUUCUCGCAUCAUGAUCGUCAAGAGCUCGACAAUUUCUUGGCACAAUAUGUAAUGGUGUUGUGUAGCUUCAAAGAACAGCUUCAACAACACGUGAGGGUUCAUGCCGUCGAAGCAGUGAUGGCUUGCCGUGAAAUUGAGAACAACCUCCACUCUCUCACAGGAGCGACAUUAGGAGAAGGGUCCGGUGCGACGAUGUCCGAGGAUGAGGACGAUCUUCAUAUGGAUUUCUCAUCUGAUAAUUCCGGCGUUGAUUUUAGCGGCGGACACGAUAUGACGGGAUUUGGUCCAUUGCUUCCGACUGAAUCUGAAAGAUCUCUUAUGGAAAGAGUCAGACAAGAACUGAAACUCGAACUCAAACAGGGUUUUAAAUCGAGAAUUGAAGAUGUAAGAGAAGAGAUAAUGAGGAAAAGAAGGGCUGGGAAAUUGCCUGGAGACACAACAACUGUCUUGAAAAAUUGGUGGCAACAACAUUGCAAGUGGCCUUACCCUACUGAAGACGACAAGGCAAAAUUGGUGGAGGAGACAGGAUUACAGUUGAAGCAAAUCAACAAUUGGUUCAUUAAUCAACGCAAGAGGAACUGGCACAAUAACUCUCAUUCCCUCACUUCCUUGAAGUCCAAGCGCAAACACUAAUCUCUUCUUACUAAUUACUAGUAUACAAUUGCCACUACAUUUACAUAUGCUACUUACAUUGCGCGAUAUAUGAAUUUCUUGUAUUUAGUAAUAACGAGGUGUGAUUAUGAAUAUCAUGUACUUAGCUUAUUUUACAUCCCAACCACUAAAUGGUUUGUGCUUUGAGUGACUUACUUGUUGUUAUUGGAUUGUGAUUCAAUAUGUUUUACUUUUUA